AUGUCACCCAUGCAAAAAAAUGCAACUCAGCAUGCGGGUAUCCCAGACAUAACUUGGAAGAAGAAACACCAAACUGCAGAAGAAGUAGCUGCUGAGCAUCAGUCUAAGUUAGAUGCUAAAGAAGAGAAAGAACGCACCAAGAGAGCUAGCAUCAAAUGUGUUGCUAGAUAUGAGAAGAAGCAGGUGGACCAGGAUGUGGUGACCAAUGCUACACCGCGGGCUGCGCCACCAAAGCCAAAGCCCAAGCCAAUCCUAAUGAAGAGGAAGGCUGUUGUGGCGCCUCCUUCAGAUGCCAAGAUGAGUGAUGCGCCAAUUCCUUGCAAGCAGAAGGUAAUUGUACAGAUUCCUGCUGCAAAGGAUAACGGGUUUCUGUCGGAUGCUGAGAUGGAUGAUGCGGCUGCUGAUAGUAGUGCCUUCAACCCCGAUCCAACCCAACAUUCAGGCACGAUGACCUCAAACAUAGACACAGAUGGGUCUGACAGUGUAAUGCUGUCGUUGCUGCCCAGGAAAAAGACGAAAGUUAGCAGGAAGAAGGCAGGGAAGGCAACGAAGACUUCUGUCCAUGUUGUCGACACAACACCGAAGAAAGCUCCCAGCAAACAGCCAGCAGCCGUUCAGCCACAUGAUGAUGAUAUGGUCAUUGAUUGGCCUUCAACAAAGGCACCUAAGAAGGCUGCCAUUCCGGCUGCUCACUUGAACAAUGACUCGGACAAACCUAUCACCAGUCACCCUAUGGGAAAGCAGCCAUCUCAGUGGGCCAUGUCCGUCUUGAGCGACAAUGAACGUAGUGCUAGUACUCCUAUGGCUGGGGCCCUAGGCUAUGUUGAUAUGAAGGAGAAGGAGAAGGAGAAGGAGAAGGAGAAGGAGAGAAGGAGAGAAGGAGAAGGAGAAGGAGAAGGAGAAGGAGAAGGAGAAGGAGAAGGAGAAGGAGAAGGAGAGAAGGAGAAGGAGAAGGAGAAGGAGCCAUGA